UUCUCGUGUGAGAUACAUUCUUGCAAAUUGAUGGAAAAUUAGAGACGAUAGAUGCAUCAUUUUAUGUUUAUAUAUAUUUUUUCUUGGUCAAUUUUUUGGGGAAGCCUGGCUUCCCUUGGAAUCCAUGAAUACACGCCACUGGUUGUAACAUGUAGGUAUGGCCAUGUGGGAACACUAACUAAAGGCGUGUAGUAUUUUAACCUUACGUUUUUUUAAAAUUAUUUAUCGCCGAUAUGAAAGGUAGCCCACAUUCCUUAUGAUUCCAAACCGUACCGCAAGCGCGUGUUUGUGUUCAGACCGAGCUCCGGAGCUCUUAACAAAAGUCCCCGGGAAGAAGAUACCUUCGGCAAUAUAGACCCAAAAGGUAGUUGUCGUCUAUGAAUGGGGUAGGAAUGAUACAGGUAUGCUAUUAUUGCCCUGCAGGCGGUACAAUAAAGUAAACACCCCUGGGUAGCGCUCAAAGUGCACACAGGUCUCCCCAGCAGCAAAUUAACGAUCAUUUAAAGUAGGCUAACCAGGAAACAUGGUGACAGUUGGCAUCGGGCAAUACAUCACUUUAUUUUACUGCUGGUCAGGGUGUUUUUGUGCUAUUCCAGUCCAAAGACCAGGUUUGACAAGACGUUUCGGGAAUGAGUGAAACUUUCUAGGAUCCAAUCCAUGAUGUGAAAUUCGUUCUAACCGAAGUGGAAAAUAAACGCCAAAAGAGACCGCUUACAUUUUAUUUUUUUUAUCACAAAAUGGUUUAGUGUGAUAAACCUGGGAGUAUUCACAAUGGAAAUUCGAGGUAAGUGCUUGUGGUGUUGUCAGACUGUUUUCCCGUGUUUUAAUAAACCGCCGUCAGAUUCAGAUCCGGGGAAGGAGAAGCGAGAAAUCGUGGUGAUCAAAAACAUUCAUGCGGAGGAGCCCACCAACAGGGCUUUGCCACCAAUACCCCUUGAGAAACCGGGAUACGUUUACAUCGCUCUCUACGAUUAUACCGCCCGAACCGUGGAGGACUUGAGUUUCAAUGCUGGGGACAAGUUAGACGCUCUAGACAAAAGUGCUGGCGAUUGGUGGUAUGCAAAUGCACUCACUGGAAUUUCAGCUGACAAGAAGGGUUACAUUCCAGCCAAUUAUGUGGCACCUGUGGAGAGCCUGGAUGCGGAACCAUGGUACUUUGCGGACACCAAGAGACUGGAUGCUGAGAAGCUGCUUCUGUCUGAGGGGAACCAGCAUGGAGCCUUCCUCAUCAGACACUGUGAGAGUCAGAAAGGAGAGCUCUCACUCUCAGUACUGGACCAGUGCAAAGUGAAGCACUACAAAGUAAGGAAGCUGGACACUGGAGGCUACUACGUGGCAAGGUCGAAGAACUUCCUAACUCUGAGGGAGUUGGUGGAACAUUACUCAAAACUGGAGGAUGGGCUCUGUGUGCGGCUGCUUGAACCAUGUAAAAAGAUGGAGGUGCCUCAGACCCAUGGUCUGUCCUACAACACUGCCGACCAUUGGGAGAUUGACCGGACGUCUGUGAAACUGCUGAAUAAACUGGGCGCUGGGCAAUUUGGAGAAGUUUAUGAAGGCCUCUGGAACGAGACCACUGCAGUAGCAGUGAAGACCCUCAAACCUGGCACCAUGGACGUAAAGGACUUCCUACAGGAGGCCCAGAUCAUGAAGAAACUGCGGCACCCCAAACUGAUCCAGCUCUACGCUGUGUGUACUGUGGAGGAACCCAUCUACAUCAUCACAGAGCUCAUGAAAAACGGCAGUCUGCUGGAGUACCUCCAAAAGGACAAGGGUACGGAGCUGGUCAUCUCAGACCAGCUAGAGAUGGCGGCCCAGGUGGCUGCUGGGAUGGCUUACCUGGAGCUGCAGAACUACAUCCACAGAGACCUGGCGGCCCGGAACGUUCUGGUGGGAGAGAACAACAUUUGCAAGGUGGCUGACUUUGGCCUCGCCAGAGUCUUCAUGAUGGAGAAUGAGAAUGUGUACGAAGCUAAAGAGGGCACUAAAUUCCCUGUGAAAUGGACCGCCCCGGAGGCCAUCCACAGCAGCAAGUUCACCAUCAAGUCUGACGUGUGGUCUUUCGGCAUUCUGCUAUAUGAGAUCAUGACCUUCGGCGGAAUGCCCUAUCCAACCAUGACCAACUACCAGGUGGUCCAGCGUCUGCCCACAGGCUACAGGAUGCCCAACCCACCACGCUGUCCCAUGAUGAUGUAUGAGAUCAUGUCUGACUGCUGGAAGGAGAAUGAGAUGGACAGACCCACCUUCGAGACCCUACAGUGGAAGCUAGAGGACUUCUUUGACCUGGAUGUGACCUCCUACGAUGACGGCAACCGUUACCAGUAGUGUACUAUAUAGAGGGAUCAAUUAUGCUCUGCUCAUGGGUCAGCAGAGGAAAGUACGGUAUGUCCACUCUGCCACAAGUAAUAUAAUCAAAUACCAAAGAUAAAUGCAAUUUUAUACUCCCAACAGUUUGUAUCUAGCAUACCGGUAGCAUUGCUUUUAGCAUAGUUGAACUGCCCUCUCCCUGAUCACAUUAUGGUUGAAUAUCUAUUUAUUAGGAUUAUAUUAUGUGGUCGAACAUGUGGGACCAUAAACGGUUUGAUCGGAAAAGUUUGUGGAGGUUUUAUUUGGCUGCUCAUGUAUUGUCAUUAAAGAAAGUCCAACAUGA